CUCCCUUCUUUCUUCUUCUCCGACUAGAUUUCAUUGUCGCCUGAGUUUCUCGGCGAUGGGAGACGAGAAGCCGGCGAUUGUUAUGGCCAAUCGCGAAAGAGAUCGAGAGCUUCUGAUUCCCGUCGCUGAUUCCGGCGAAAAAGACGAUGGUCCUUCUUCAAAGCCUUCUUCUUCCUCGUCUUCCUCUUCUUCGCAUCAGUCCAGCCAAGAGACUUUUAGCUUGUUCAUUAGGGGUUGGGCGUCAAAGAAGUUCAUGACAGGCUGUGUUAUCCUACUUCCUAUUGCCAUUACUUUCUAUAUAACAUGGUGGUUUAUUCACUUUGUCGAUGGAUUCUUCUCUCCAAUAUAUGCACAACUUGGAAUCAACGUAUUUGGUUUCGGUUUUUUGACUUCCAUUGCAUUCAUCUUCUUGGUCGGGGUGUUCAUGUCUUCGUGGUUGGGUGCAUCGGUUCUGAACUUGGGAGAGUGGUUUAUCAAGCGGAUGCCAUUUGUUCGUCACAUCUACAACGCCUCCAAGCAAAUCAGCACUGCCAUAUCGCCUGAUCAAAAUACACAAGCUUUCAAGGAAGUUGCAAUCAUCAGGCAUCCCCGUGUAGGUGAAUACGCAUUUGGCUUCAUUACAUCAACUGUUGUUCUCCAGAACUACCCAACCGAGGAGGAACUUUGCUGUGUAUAUGUUCCCACGAACCACCUUUACAUUGGAGAUAUACUACUUGUCAACAGUAAUGACGUUAUCAGGCCAAAUCUCUCUGUCCGGGAAGGAAUAGAGAUUGUUGUCUCGGGUGGAAUGUCAAUGCCGCAGAUUCUAUCAACUCUUGAUAAACCUUCGUCCUCGAUUGAUAGAGCUACAAGCUUAUAGUUUCAACCAGAAGAUUCUCUUUUUGUUAGGAUUUGUUGAUGAGUGUGUGUGUGUGUCUCUGGAGUCUCUUUAAUAUUGUUGU